GUCUAGAACAUGGCUGCGCCCAUUGUCCUCGUCGCGGGCGUUUUGACAGCUUUUUCAUUAUUUGACAGUGCUUCCAGCUCAGGCAGAACGCUGAAACUUACUCACGUGAUUUUCAGGCAUGGGAAUCGCUCUCCCAUCCAAGCCUACCCGACAGAUCCUUACCAGGAGGACAGCUGGCCGCAGGGAUUUGGACAGCUCACCCAGGAAGGGAUGCGGCAACACUAUGACUUGGGCCAGUGGUUCAGACAGCGCUACGUGACAGACAAGAAACUGCUGAAUUCGUCCUACAUCCGAGCCGAGAUCAAAGUCCGCAGCACAGCCUAUGAUCGGACCCUGAUGUCGGCCCAGAGUAAUCUGGCUGGACUGUACCCCCCAGAGGGCUGGCAGGUGUGGAAGGAGCAGUUGGCAUGGCAGCCCAUCCCCAUAUUCACAGAGCCAUUGACCAACAAUUUUUUACUUGUUACAGAUGAUUUUGCAUGCCCAAGAUUGAAGGAAUUACGAGCCAAACUGGAGAAAUGGCACAAUGAAUACAUCAGCAAAAACCAAACUUUCUUCAACUAUCUUGCAGAACAUGCAGGGUUUGACCCCAAUAAUGUCACAUAUUACAAUUUUACAAGAAUAGCAGAUUCCAUGCAAUUUGAGCUUGCUGAUGGUCGGACGUUACCACUCUGGGCAACCAAAAAAGUCCUUAACAGGUUGCUACCUCUACAGGAUUUUUCCUAUAGCAGCGAGGCUCAACUAAGUGAUGAAUACUUCAGACUUUGCUCAGGUGGUUUUGUUAGUGAAAUCGUCACCCACCUCAAGGAUAAAAUAGCAGGGACAGAUUCUACAAAGAUGUACAUGUACAGCGCUCAUGAUGAUAAUGUGGCAUGGGCGCUCCGAUGUCUGAAUGUAUUCAACAAUCUCAUGCCUCCUACAGCGAGCUGUCUUUUGAUUGAACUGUACCAGGAAGGAGAUAAAUCUUACACGGUGGACGUUUUGUUUAAAAACAACACAAAAGAAGAGCCGCUAAAGUUGCGACUGCCAGGUACCAGUGGGCAGUGCACUGUGGAUCAUUUCUUCAAUAUUACACAGCGCUUUUUACUCACCGACGUCUCAGCAGCCUGCAAGGCCCAGAAGUCAUCAUAUGGUAGAUCAGGAUUCCUUCCAAAGACAUGGAACACAGGCUGGAUUUUGGUUGUGUGUGCCUCACUGCUUGCGGUCGUCAUUGCUAUUGCCAUGGUCAUCGUCCUUUUCAUCGGUACCCGGCGGAGAAAACUGCUGCUGAAGGCACGUCGUAUGCAGCCAAUCAGUUUCCGACUCCUGGGUCAUGUGGGCACUGAUUCUGAAGAUGAAUCAGUCUUCGAUACAUGACCAGCCAGCAACUAGAUUAGGUAACCUGAUUUUCCUUUAUCUUUUCAGGUCUUACCUGUUAAUUCUAAGCAUUCAGUCUUUCGACUCUCAACUGAGCAGAACUUGAUUUCUGUUCCACAGUGACUAUUUAUUGAAAAUUAAAACAGCACUUUGACGGAUUUGUCUUCGCCAUUUGUGUUUAAAAGACUUAGUGUACCUGCGAACAUUAGGUGGUCGGAAAUUGAAAUGACCAUAUCACAAACCAAGGGCCCAUUUUUUUAAAUGGCAAAAUAUGCAGCUGUGCGAAAAAAGCUACAUGUAUUGACAGUGUAUGUUCAUGUACACACAUAAUAACUGCCAUUUUUAUGAAGCAGAUAGCACCCUCUUUUUUUCGCUGUAUUAAAACUUAAAUAUCGAAACAGUUCUGAUUAAAUUGGAAUGGUUUUCAGGUAUGUCCAAGGAAGACUAGCAAGUUCUAGACUUGCAAGAUUAAGGAGCACAUGUGAAAAUGUUGUUGAAAUCUCAAGAGAAAACUUGACAGCCAUUGAAAUAAAAAUUCAGAAUAGAUAUCAGUGGAACAGUAUGUUUAAUGUCAACAUGUCAAGUAUUAUUUCAUGAUCUCAUGCCGUAUUGGGUUUUGUUUGUAUCUAUAAAUGUUACCUGUCACUGAUGUUCUGACUUUCAGAUUUAAUAAUUAGGUCACCAGGGGUGUGCUUGUACAACCAAUAUACCUGGAUUAUGUUAAUAUGUUUUUUAAUUCAACCAUUGUGAAUAAAACAGCCACAUACUGCUCUAGACAUAUUUUUACUCAAAAUAAGGUGAAACACUCAGCAGCAAUGAAAUAUUACUGAAGGACAACCUUCAAACGUAAUUGUUCAGUUUAAAAAACAGUAUUGUUUGCACUACCUUCUAUCUGGACGGAGAGCAUGUGCCAGUGUUGUGGAGCUGCUGACAUUUGGAACAUUGCUUCACAAAUUUGUGUACUUUGCAAUGAGGUUGGCACUGACCAAAUACAGUUGACUGUCCUUAACAUGAACACUGCUAGAACAAGCGAAAAUAUUACUCUCCAGAAUGUUACUUGUACCAAAAUUUUGUAUCAGGACAGCCAGUCUCAUACACUGUGCACAUACUAUAAAUGUACAUCUACAUAUAUAGCAAAGUUGAGGCCAUAGUUGCUUUAAACCAGAAUUUGUAUUAAUGCGGUUUGUGUUUCAAUGUUUGUGACUCUUUGUUUCAUCAAUGGAUCACUUGUUUAAUCACAAUUAACAAUAUGAUCACACAUAUCUAAAAAUAAAUCAAAACCAUGCUAUACUAAAGCCCAGUGAAAAAGGUAGGCUGUGGUUGGCACUGUUUUCUAUCCCCCCCAAGUUUAUGGAAGCCUUUGUAUAUUGUGUCCACCAGUCCAAGUAGACACUUAUCGGAAGAGCAAAAGGCUGAGGAGACUGAUAACAUAAAGUUAGUAUUCCAUGAUGAUGGUUUUGAAGGAUGUACCAAUGGUAGAUCUGGUGGUAGCUGUCCAAAAGUAGAAUUAAUCACAAAAUGCAAAACAACUCGUAAAAUUCAAAAAAGUAUUUAGAAUGCCAAAACACUGAUAAAACGUUAAACAACUCUUCAAAAUGCAGAACACCUAAAUGCACGCGUUUGCAUUGUCAUUGCGUUGCAUUGAUGUAGUGUCCUUUUCACUUGUGCUUUGUGGAAUGGUGCUGUGAAGUUUGAGUUGCAGGGUGAAAAGCUGGAAAAGGUUCAGGGUCUGCUGUUGAUGAAUUGGCAGGUGCCUCAUUGUGCCCAGGUUUGUUGAAGCCUAGCCAGCAUCCGAGGAAGCGGUCGAUCACGGGAUCCAUCAUCACAAGGCAGCUCUGGGCAUGGUGACCUCUCCAUGUUUCCAUGCUUUCCUGUAUCUUCUGAUGACAUGCCAGGUGUAGGGCUGGGGGAACCCCUAGAGUGUGGUGCUGUAGGUGGAGGGCACUGCAGCAUUGGUGGUGUAGGGGAAUGAAGGAGAAUGAGUCGGUGUGGUUGGCUGAGGCAUGGGGGUAGGGUAGGUUGGUCACCGCAGUGUCCCACAGUAGGCUGCGCUGAGGCAUUGGUGGGAACUUAGACCAAGGGUGGACGUGGUGCCACUGAGGGUAUGUUGGGCUGGCGUCACCUAUCGUCCAUCAGGGUGCAUCGAGGUGGGAGGCUCUGGUAUGGAGUGAACUUCCUGAGGAAUUUGCAAUUACAAAGGCCAGAACCAUUGACAGAAAUGACAUAUUGAUCAAAUUGACAAACCUCAGUGACAGUUUUGUCCGACUUGUUUGGGUGAUGGCCAGUUUGGUUCUGAAUUUUCAUGAUCAAGGGUGGGAGACGGUGCCUUUUCCCUGGUUGCCAACAUUUUCCUCCAUUUGACGUAAGGAAGGUACCUUCCUGGAGGGAUGGUAAUGAAAUCCCUAAUUGGUCUGCCGAACACACACGUAGCUAGAGAGAUUUUCGUGUCUGGGUCAGGGGUGUUUCUGUAUGAAAGGAUGGCACAUUGGAGUGACAGUGUGUAGUUGUCUUGUGGAGCCUGUGUUGUCUGUCAGUAAGUGCUUGACUGUCUUUACCCCUGCUUCUGUCGUGCAGUUGCUCUGUGGAAAGGCAACAGAAGAGUUCGAGGCUGAUGCCACACCCCAAGCUUUCAGGAACAGGAGGUGAAUUCAGGACCACCGUCAGAUGACAGCUCAUCAGGGAGGAUCACCAUAUAUCAUAAAGGUUCAGUGGAGAAUGUCAAUGAGGCCUUUUGUACCAUUGGAGCUCCUCUUUACUAUGGGCCAAUUAGAAUACCCUGUUGACAAUGACUAGAUAGUUGGGACCUUGGUAGCUGAAGACAUUAGAGCAUAUGCUCUGGAAAGGGUACAUGGGUAGUACUGGAGGGGUUGCAGGGGCACUACCGGUAGGUUGUGAUGGUACCAUGUGGUUGCAGUGAUUACAAGAUGGGUGAGUCUCGAUGAUCGCCAUGGUGAUGCAAGGCCAGAGCACAGAUGAUUCAGCUCUUGCCAUCAUAGCAGCUGCCCAUUGGUGGGCAGUGUGGAGGGCUGAGAGGACAUCAGCACGAAGGCUGGGUGGUGUCACUACCUGAUCCUUGUAAAGAUUGACACCAUUGACUAUGUAUAAGUGCCCACGGAACUGGUAAUAUUCACAUAGCAGAGGAAGCAGUUCAUGGUGGCGCCAUGGGAAGCCAGACUUGAUGAAAGAUGUAAGCAAAUGCAUCUGAUCUCAAGUGUUGGACUGAAGCUGGUCAAGGGAGGCUAUGUUUGAGGAUCUGAUGUCUUGUUGAAGAAUAAAAUGCAUUUGUCACCAAUUGGGGGAGCUGUCGGAAGUUGGCCAGCAUUGCUACAUGUACGUGCAGAUGUAGCAUGUCUGGAAGUUGGGGCUAACUGGAUGGCAGGACACAGCAUCUGAAGCCUUGUGCGUCACACCUGGGACAUGUACAAUGUGGAAGCAGUAACAUAGUGUCUGUUCCUUGAUGUGGCAGAGUCUAGUGUUGGAGAUGGCAUCUAGUGAGCGGUUCAUGAAGAUUUUCAAGAGGCUUGUGAUCUGCACCUACUAUCUGGUCAUGAAAGCCCACUGCAAAGAAUAUCGCCAUGUCCAGGGCAUCUGCAACUGCAAGGGCUUCACCCUCUAUUGAGAAAUGGCGUGACUCAGCUGCAUGAGUAAACUGGCUGCCAGCUAUUAAGGUAAUCUUCUAUCCCGUGCGGCAACAAAAUGGCAUUGUGCUCCAGCAGUCACAGUGCUUUUGCAGUAAUCAGAAACCAAUUCCUGAGUUUGACCAAUCAGUUGCAAGGUAAGUAGGCUUUGUUUUGUUGUAUAUCUGGACCUCAUCUUCAAUCUUCAGGGUAUUUGGUGAUUGGGAUGUCUUUUGGGGUUGCCACCAUUUCAGUUUGUCUUUACUUCAGCACAUGUAGUCAAAGUGGUACAGGCACUUGCAGUGGGUACAGGUGUGGUUGUAAGUGGGGCAUUCAGACUUCCUUACUCAUGGUGAUGCUUUCACUCCAUGGUCAUUGUUGCCACAAUAGCCACAUACUUCUGUGUCGCUGCGCUUGUGUUCAAGUCUCCAUGCCUUCCUGUAGGCACUGCUGGCAGUUUGGGAUGUCUGCGGUUGAUGGAGGUGUUGGGCGGACCAUUUGCCUGUCUCCUUGGAUUCGACAAACUGGACUACCUGUUCGAGGGUCAUGGCCUGGUUUGGAUCUCCAAGGAAGUUCAGUUGGAUUUCCGGGUCAGCCAGUUGGGGGACAGAACAUGUCUGAGGAUGGAAUCUGUGUAGUCUACUCUUGUGUUGCAAUUAGGGCUUGCCUCUGAGAAGUGGCAUAUACUGGCUUGACCUCAGAUUCUGGCAGCUACUGAUCUGAUUGGUUCGUCUCUGUCCUAGUGCUAUGUGAGCAAACCAUUGGGUUCUCCUCAUGUACAGCCAGCUUUCUCAUAGUUGCAAGGACUUGUGCUUCAUCCUUAUCUGUUAAGAUGUCCCCAGCAGGGCGUGUGACAUAUUUAUGCAUGUUAUGAAAGCCGUCAUCACAGCAUUCCAACAACUGCAUGAUUUUGUCCUUGCUGGCGAUUUGAGUUGCUGUUGCGUAUUUGUCCAAUCGUCUUAGGAAGUAAAGUCCACUCAUCACUGGUGCAAGUACUGGUAACUGUGGGCCGUCCCAGCCAUUCAACUUUGGCAGAGGCAGUGGCGUUUCUGGGCUUUGCUGGGAUUCUGUGACAUGAAGAGUACAGAUCAAGCAGUUUCACUAAGAUGCAGUCUGAGACGUCAGCAGUCUCAUAGUCACAGCUCAAGACAGAGCUUUUGACCUUGGGCAUGAUGGCGGUUCAAAUCUGGCCUCGUAGUUCUAGUCCCCUGACUCUUUGUUUCAUCAACGUAUUGCUUGUUUAAUCACAAUGAACAAUGAUCACACAUAUCUGAAAUUUAAAUCAGAAAAAUUAUUGAUGAUGUACUAAAGCCUGGUGCAUAAGGUACACUGUAGUUAGCACUAUUCUCUACUUUGUAUUCAGUGCCCACUUUACGUACAUAAACAUGUGCAUGAACAUGACUUUGACCGGUAAAAAGGGAAAAAAAAGUCAGUGCUUUCCAAAUCUGUGUGCUUAAAACAGCUGCCUGAAAGUCCUCUGGAAAUGUAUCCUGAAUAUGGGUGUUUCACAAGAGCAUGCCUCCAAGAGUUUGCAACGCAUUGGCCAAUUGCAAUGCAUGAAAUCUGUUGACCCAAUGCACAUUUUGAAAGGGUUGACAGAUUUCGCGCUUUCAUUAUGAUUGUCCGAGGCAUUGCAAACACUUGGAGGGGGACUACUGUGAAUCACCUGUAUUAAUUAUGUACAUAGAUAAAUGUAUUGUGUAUUUUAUUGCAUUCAAAGGUCGAUCUGAAUGAAUACUUGACACAUAAUAGGGGAUGACUUUGUUUUAAGAUGCAUUUGCUACUGUUCUAACAAAUUAAACAAAUAUAAUGUUUAUGACCUCUGUCCUGUACUGGGUAAAUCUGAUUUUAAAUCAGAAGAGAAGAGAUGUAUGUUGGUUUUUCUGAAACAUUCUCUGAAAUACAUGUAUUAGUCAGUUUUUUAGUAUUGAAAGAAAAUUCAUAUCUUGCUUUUGUAAUAUUUUUCGUAAACUUAGUAAUAUGUUUGACUGGCCCUGUCCAGUUCCAAUAUUUAUUUGGGCAAGUAUGAAAUGGAAAGGGAGUAUUGACUCAAGCUUUGUUUCCAGUUUUAAUAAUGAGAUUGUUUUCACUGAUGUUUGAAAUUCAGUACUUGUAUAUUUCCCACACACACUGACAAACUGAAUCAGAUUGUGUUAAUGAAGGAGAAGUGUGGUCAGCAAUACAAAAUGUAGGUCGUCUGUGAAGGAAAAACAUAUUUACAGUAUUCAUGUGACCCAACCCAACAAACUCAGCGCAAGUUGUUAGAGUCACACCCACACUGACUGUUGUUUUUCAUCAGGAUGCCAAACUGAUUGACACAUUAAAACAAAGAGUUCACCUUGUUUUUUUUUCUUAUGCAAACUAUGACCAAAUUAUUGAACACAGCCCAAGGACCUAUUUUUUGGGAUUCUUCACAAAUUUUCCAAGUGCAGGUACCUGAUGUAAUAUGAUUGCAUUAAAUGAAAUCUAAAAUGAAAAAGUUGGCAGUUAAAACAUAUACAUGAACAUAUUUCUUUGUAUGUGUACGUGUACACAUUUCUAUGGAAUAGGUCAUGAUGGUAAGAAAUGUAUCUUUCUGUUUCUUCCUCCCAUUUGGGUUUAUUCUUUCAUUUGGGAUUAUUCUCUGAAAUAGAAUGAAGGACACACCUUAGCUCUCAUAAAUCCUCACAUAUUACAAAAAAUGGGUUAAAUAUUUGUGCUCUGCUAAUAAAUACUGAUUAAACAAAUAAACUUUUGAUUUUCUUUCAACUUUGUUUUUCCUUUGAAAAAGUGAAUGAAUGGUUGCUUAUUAUGCAAAAGUAAUGAAUGUAGUACAAAACAAUAGCUGUAUACAUGUAUACACCGUAGUAAGUGACCUUUUGUGCAGUAGCUAUGAAAUUUUGCUAUACUGGGUGAGUUUGAAAUUGCCAUUUAGUCCUUUACUUUUACCCCUGAUUUUUGUGAGUUCAGCUCUGAAACAGUUGUACUUUUCUUGAGCAAUAUUGAACUGUGCACUUUUGCGCUAUUUUUAGAGCUAUUUUAACUUUGUAACAGGCCUGCAAUGUCACUAAUCAUGUUUGAAACAAAGUCAGAAGUGAAGCCGAGAUUGGAACCUCCCCAGCAGUAAAGUGCAGUCACCGCUAGACUGGUUAAACUUUUAAGAUUGGUUUCUUCACCUUCCCUGUGGGUUCUUAAUGCAUUGUGUGUACAUACAUGUAGGAGGGAAGCCUGGCUAAACUUUGAUAAGCACAGACCCUGUUUAAUAAACAUUAACAAGACUGGGUUUGUUGACACAAGGAUUUAUUGACAUUGGCGAACCAAUGCAUUUUUAUACUCACAGAUGAAUGGUAAUGUAUAAGUUGGAGUGAAAGUCAAAACUCAUGUAUUUGUCUGAUCACUUUAAACAUCUUCCGAAAGAAAUACAUGUACUCAGAAUACUGUUC